AUGAAUAUCAAUGAGGAAAGAGUAUCAGGGAAACACUUGGGACUAGAUACAUCAAGGCUGUUUGUGCAGUAUUUGUCGGACAAGACAUCAAGAGUGAUAAAAAAAAUUCAAAUUGUACCCGAUGAAACAAUGGUUCAACCUGAAAUUAGAGCUAUAAUGGCACAUGAAGGAAGAGGAAUUGUCACCCUACAAGAUGAGUUGUCAGGAAUAAACGAAGUACUCUUAUCCAAGUCAGCAACGAGAUUGAUGUUUAACGAAUCAUUCCAAUAUAUUUAUAGAACAGAUCAAACUUCACAUGUAAGAGAAGAUUUGAAAGUUGCCUCAAUUGUGCUACUCUUCAUGACACCAGUAGAUACCCAUGCCCUUAAGAUACUCUGGAAUUGUUUAAGAGUAGACAAGGAGGAUGUUAUGGAGGUCUUUGUUAUAGUAGCAGCUCUUUUGACCUGCAAUUAUGAAAGGACGAAUAAAUCCUCGUGUUUAUGGGAAUUAUUCAAAAAGUUGUAUGUUCUUAUAUUAUCCAGUUCCUGGAUAGUAGAACCACCUGAGUGUAAAAGUUACGAAAAACUGACCAGAAUUCCAAAUUUACAGGGCUGGCUAGACCGGGUAUCUAACUUCGAGAUCUGUCAAUUUGGAUGUAGUACAUGCCUUCGUUCUGUCCUUGUACACCCUCGUAACUAUUAUGCAUGCAAUUUGUUACGGUUUUUACUAUCAACUUGUGAGGAUUCCGGCCUGAAACUACAUUUAAUUAUUCAAAUCAUAGAUUUCCAUAAUGGUGAAUAUGAUGAUUAUAGCCUAUGGAUGGUAGUGUUAGAUGUUUGUCUUGAUGCAAAAUAUAGGCAAAUGGAGUACUAUAGAGAACAACGGAAAAUGAUUGAUGGUAGGGAGACAACUUUGCCGAGCCUGGAUGUUCUUCGAAUUUAUCUGAAAAUAAAAAACUGCUAUACAACCUCAUACGGCCGAUUCUUAACAAUGCUGAAACUACAUUAUGAAUUUGGAUUGGGUUUGGAGUUGGAAACUAACUUGAAGAACAGAGUCUAUAGCUUCGAGAAAGCACAUGGGGUUGUUGACAUCCGAAAGAUAGAAGGACCGGUGAAUAUCUCUUCGGAUGCUUUACUAAAAGAAGAAUAUGAAAAAGCCCUAAACAUCAAGCGAGCCUUAUGUGAAUGUCAGAAAAAUAGGAAAAAGCACAGUUGA